AGAUAAAUGUUAUUGCUUUCUCAGUUUAAUAUACAAUAAUGAAGAAAGGUUAUUGCCUACUAGUUCUUUUUUACUCAACCAUACUGGUUCCUGAUUGCUCGUGUGAUGAAUCCAUUUCCCUAACAGAGGAGGAUAAAAUUAAUAUUAAACUUGCAGAGAAUGUUAAUCUUGACAGCAUUGAGAUUACGUAUCCUGAUGGUGGUAAAUGUACUCUGCGGAAGGAAAUAAAAACUAGAUCCAGCUGCAGGAAUGUUACUGUCCCAGUCUGCAGAACUGUGGAGAAAAUCAGACUUCAGAAUAUUACUGAGGACUGCUCUGCUCAAGCUGAAUACUGUUAUACAACAUAUAGAACAGAGAACACGACCAAACAAACCAUUGUAUGCACAAGAUCUAUAGAGCAGGAGUGCACUGACCCAAAAGGAUCAAGUUUGCAUUGUUUUGAAAACAAUAUCGUUGAGUGCAGUACGGUUCCACAGGUAAUACGUUUUAUGUACAACUGUACAAAGCCAAAUUGUAGCUGAGUAACAACCAUUUUU